CAGCGGCAUAUAGUGGUUGUCGUGGUUGUUAGAUCUAAAGGCGUGCCCGGUUGUUUGAUUGCCAUCAGAGUGUGGGAUAACACACCAUGGCGGAUGCUAGAACAGCUGAAAAAGACGAACAACAAAAACAAAACACACCACGCAAGGUGAUGGAAGAGCGAGUCAAAGGUGUGGUCAAGUGGUUUAAUGUGAAGGCGGGAUAUGGCUUCAUUAACCGUUUGGACACAUCUACUGACAUAUUCGUACACCAAUCGGCAAUUUCACGUAACAAUCCAGAAAAGCUUCAGCGCUCACUCCAGGAAGGUGAAGAGGUUGAGUUCUAUGUCGUUGAAGGUGACAAGGGUGAUGAAGCAUCCGAAGUCACGGGACCUGGAGGUGAGCCUGUCAAGGGGAGUGUGUACGCAACUUUGCGUGGACGUGGACGAAGUCCGCGAGUAUUCAACAUGCGUGGAAGAGGUCGUGGAAUGGGACCUGGUGGGUUCUCUAGCAAUCAGGAUUUCGGGCCCUAUUAUGGCCCUCGAGGUCGCGGACGCGGUCGUGGAGGUUCAGAAAUGGUGAGUCUUCAUUGUUUGGAAUGUAGUCUGCGGUGGGUCCAUGAAGGUAUUUACUGUCGAACUUGAUAUAUUCCAUGGCAACAAAUCUACCUAUAAAUAGGUGGCAUACCAAGUUAUAUAUAACUGGUCCGCAUUUAUUCUUCAGUCAUUGACUUGAUGAUAUCAUUAAGUGACCUUGCUUGCGCCUGCGUUUAACAAGGGUCAAUGCUUCACGCAGCAGUGAGUGUUUGGUCCAGCAGUCUGAUUGUCCGAAUACCUGGAUCUUAUUUCAGUGGAUCGAAAGAGUUGAUCGCAGUACUAGUUUCGCCAUGUAGAUAUUCUUGACAGUCAUUUCGGUUUCCGGUCAUAUUCACAGUAAAGUGGUUUCUCACUCUGUACCACUUCCUAGUUAUCGACUUAACUCUUUUUCAACUUCAGUACGGUGGUGGUUAUGAAUUCAUGGAUCGUGGUGGAAGAGGUCGUGGGUUCCGUGGGCGUGGAAGGCCUCGUGGCCGAGGAUUCAGAGGAUCUGGUGGGUUCGAGUCUCGGGGUCGUGGUGGUCCUCGUGGAGGAAGGGAUAAUUAUCACAACGGAGAUGGCUCACCGGAUAUGCGCGAUGCGUAAAGUGCUCUAAUCAUCUUAUUCUGAACGAUGUUUUAAAAGUACAUGUAUUCUGUCAGCAUUCGUAUAUGCAUGUCUACGUCUAUACCCAAUUGUUUAAUUAUCCAACUUGCAGCACACUGGAUUGGCUCUUGUCUUUAUGGUAUUUCGAAUGUACACCAACUUUUCCCUUCCUCAGUUUCGGCGUCUAACUGGUCAACCUUUGAAUUCAGAGUUCCUGUGGAUAUUCAACAUGUUUCAUUCGAUCUUACAGCCUUAGCUUUCUGUGCUUUCCGAUGCAUUUCUAGCCAAUCAGGGCUUUCCACCUUCACUUGACUACUUUUCUACUGUUUCAUAUCUACUUACACUUCCGUUUGCUAAUUGCUUGAAGACUCGGACAAUUUGUAAAGAUUAAAGAUCUGACUCGUCAUCCAUUGGUGAUUGUUCUUUCCUGUAGAAUGUGCAUUCUUCUGUCAUCUUGUGUGGAUAUCUAGUGCUGUAUGGUUUGAAUUUUCGUAAUCAAAUAUGCAUUUUGAUACUUAAUAAAAUUCCUUUAGAGU